AUGGUAAAGGCGGAUGUCCGGAGGGAUUACUAUGCAGACUUAGGUCUUGCGCCCAAUGCGGACAGUGAAGAUAUCAAGAAGCAGUUUAGGAAACUAGCCCUUAAAUACCAUCCGGAUCGGAAUCCUGGCAAAGAGGUGGAAUUUAUUUCCAAGUUCCAAGCCAUUCAAGCUGCAAAUGAGAUUCUUAGCGAUCCUCAACAACGGUUGAGGUACGACACGGACCGCUUACGGGCUGGGUACGGAAAGUACUAUGGACCGCCCAAGUCCAGUUCCCCUCGAAAAGCUCCCACCAAAACUUAUCCUUCAUCGCCUGCGGCAAAACCUCAAACUACGAAACCAUCGUUCUCGUCGCGACCACAGUCAUUCCAUAAUGGUCCUUCUUCUGGCGCUCAAAGAUAUGCAAGUUAUGCGCGGGCAGCCCCAAAACAACCGUGGGAGAAAAUGCAGGAUGAAGGACAGACACGGGCUGAUGCAUAUCGCGGGUUUCAAGAUAUGAAGGGGAACCACACGUCUGGUUGGUCCCAGUUUGACCCUCGCACAGGGCGCUCAGGGUACUCAGGUUCUACGCCCCGAACCAAUGCCUCUUCUACAAGUCAAUCAACAAGACCCAAAUCCGCCUACGAAUAUUUCAAGACAUCUCCUAAGCCAGCUGGUUCAGAGUCCAACCGUGCACAUUCUACAAAAAAGAAGCAAGGGUUUGCCCCGCGGUCUGCUGGUGGGGACGAACCUAUGGCCCCGAACACUUCUUCUUAUUCGAAUGUUCCUCGAGAUGAACGGCCCCAGAUGAGAGAUUUCUUUGGUCCUGCUCCCUCCCCAACAGCUAGAAAGGCUGCUGCAGGCUUCCAGAACCGUGAAAAAAAUUCAAAUACCCCGGAAGUUGAGCGAACAGGUAGCAAGUAUGCCGGUACUGGAGGAGAAAGAACAUUCUUCUCGAGUGCUUGGCUCGGUCGCUCUGCAAGUAUGCGUGAAUCACCCGGAAGUCCUAAGCCUCAUGCGCGAACAAACCCCCCCAGCCCGACUCCCCGAGAAUCGGGCAGGCAUCGAAGUGCAAGCCCCAAGUUCAAAACAGACCAUAAUCGGAACUACUCGUCCACAAGUUCAAGCGACACCGAUGAUGGGGAAGUCAAUCCGGAACACAAGCCCAAGGCGGUCCCCAAGGGCAGACUUCGGCCUCAUCAGAGAUUCGCUAACUUUCACACCCAGCAAAAAUUUGAUUCUAGAACUGGGCAUGAUUCUGACAGUGCCUCUUCGGCCCGAAACAUUUUUGGAGCUUCUAAAGCAGGAGAUCCAUUCGUACAAUCGCAAUCCCCUAGAUCUCGAGGCGUUCCGCCAAAUAUGACAUUCAACAGUAGGAGUCAUGACGACCUGCGGAAGCCAUUCUCAGCGACUAGUUGGAACACAUUUGACUUCUUUACUCCAUCAUCUUCGGACAAAGAACAGCCCCAAUCAAAGCAAGGCUCAUCCAGCCGCGGGCGUACCGCUACUAGGAACAGCCCCGGUCGAGCAAGCCACUCUGCAAGUACAUCCAAUCAUGAUCCCUCCCGGUCUGGCUCAUCGUUUCAGCAACAGCCUACAGCGUUUGCCGAGGGUAAAUUUUCCGCGGAUGACUGGGCGGAUAAGUUCAAGGACCUACUAUGGGCCAUGCCGAAGGACGACGGGCAUCAGCAACAGCAACAACCCGGGAAUGCCCAACGUCCACGAAGUCCUCGCAAACAUACUCGGUCCGCUGCCAAAACGCGAGCUGUACCGCAAGCUGCUAGUGUUGUGACUGAGGCUGAGGAAGCAAAGACAACGGUCAAUGGAGAUCAUGAUAAGCAAGACUCGACUCGAGUAGGAGAGGAAGAUGGAGAAGCCAUGGAUCUGGACGACGAUUCUCCUGCGAAAGAUACGACUGUGGAUUCGGAUAGAGCAGCCAAGAGCAAGGAUGUGCCUCCCUCAAAACCAACACCGCCUUCAAGUGGUAACGGAGGAAAGGGAGAGGACACGAAGCGCACAGGUCAACACUUGGACCUUAAGAAUCUGGGCAAGACAGCACCGUUCACAAGCACUACAGAUGGUGGUAUCGAAGAUCUACAAGACAUCCAUUCGAGCCUGCCAUUUGAAUCUCGCGCCAAACCCCAAAGGACGACAGUGCGCGAUAUACGCCCCCGGGAACUUAUUUGCCCAAACCCACCCAAACGGCCGCAACCGCCACAAACCGUGCCAAUCAGCGCUGGCUCGCAACAGCUGGGGCUGCCUCGGAAAGCAUGGGACCGAUACGUGGCAGAGAUGAAUACUUAUAUGCGCGAAUGGAAUCACUUUAACCGACGCAUGCUCCAUCAUUUCAACGCACGCCAGGAGGCCAUCGAAACUGGAAUGGCAACGAACUGGAUAAGUGCCGUUGGUGAUUCAACGCGCUUAAAGAUCAACAGUCAGGAUGAGGACACUGAUGACAAAGGGGUGGGUGGUAAUGAUAGUGACGACGAGAUGGUGCCGGGCGGCAAGGGCGGCUACAGCGCGUAUCUACGCGGAUUAGAUGAAGAUGCCAAAGUGCUAAAGCACUGGGAAGUCGCACGGGAGAUGCAUCGAGAUUGUAUACUGAAACUCGGGCAGACGCGGGAGUGGAUUUUGAAUGGAGGGAAAGUCAUCUGA